UUCCUCCCUUUUAUAGCACGCUUAAUAUACUAAUACAACACUUGGUGCAAAAUACUUUGCACAAAAAAUGAAAUUCUCUGCUGUAUCUGUAGUUUCGAUCUUCAAGAUCGUCCUACUCCUUACAUUAGGUUUGGUGGCCGCAGAUAACGCAGGGGAGGCUCGGAUUUUUCGUGGUGGUACAAGAGGUAGAGAUCUAGUAAACAAACGGAAAAACUUUUGGCCAUGAGAUCAGAGAAGAUACUGCAUCUGGCCUUUGUUUCAUUGUCACCAACCUGAUAAACCUCCUACAGCAUCCACUUCUCCACCGUCAUCUCUGCCAAUUCCACCUAUACCAUUACUCUCACCGCCAUCAUCUCUACCAAUACCACCUAUGCCAUUACUUCUGCCGCCAUCAUCUCUGCCUGCCCUUCCACCACUACCCAACAUCCCAACUGGCCUAAUUUUUGCAGACAUCAGACUUGCAGUGGUUUAUCCUAUCAUUCAAAACUUUAAAAAUAUUAUCACUUCGGAUCCUUUAGGGAUCACGAAUUCAUGGGUAGGAUCUGACAUUUGUAGAUACAAAGGUUUUUUCUUUGAUACACAACCUAAUAACACUAGUGCUACAGCAGUCGCAUCCAUAGACUUCAAUGGUUAUGGCCUCAGUGCUCCAUCCUUAGAUGGCUUCAUAGACCAACUCCCUGAUUUAGCCCUUUUCCAUGCCAACUCAAACUCUUUUAGUGGCACCCUUUCAUCAAAAAUAGCCAAUCUCCAUUAUCUCUACGAAUUAGACCUUAGCAAAAACCAAUUCACAGGUCCAUUCCCUCUCGUUGUGGUGGGCAUGGAGAGCCUGAGUUUCUUAGACAUUCGUUUCAACCAAUUCUCAGGGUCGGUCCCUCCUGCAAUUUUCAGACAACAUCUUAAUGUUCUCUUCCUUAAUGACAACAAUUUUGUGUCAGCUUUGCCUACAUCUCUUGGAAAUUCACAUAUAUUGUAUCUCACCUUAGCCAACAACAAGUUCACAGGUCCACUACCACGCGACAUAGCCAAAGCAUUGUCAGCAUUAACUGAAGUACUGUUAAUGAGCAACCAGCUAACUGGUUGUUUACCUUACGAGCUUGGCUUCCUUAACCAAGUGACUGCAUUCGAUAUCAGCCACAAUAAACUCACUGGUCCCCUGCCGUUUUCUUUAGCCUGUAUGGAGCGGGCUUCACUGCUUGAUUUCUCAGCGAAUUUGCUCUAUGGCAUGGUGCCAGACAUAAUUUGUCAGCUACCAAAUUUGACUAAAUUUUCUCUGUCUGAUAAUUAUUUCAACCAAGUUGGUCCAUCUUUUAGGAACUUGAUUGAUAGGGGAAUUUUGGAUGUGGCAAACAAUUGCAUCCCCGGUGUACCUUCCCAACGAUCAGUGUUUGAUUGUACUAAUUUCUUCGUUGUGCCUAGGAUCUGCCUUUACUCGGAAACAUAUAAAAUUAUCCCUUGUAAGCCUCACUUCAUACAUUAAGGAUUUUCAGGCAGAUCUUUGUUGAUGUAAAUGUCUAGUAUUUUGAUAAUAUAUAGUUACCGUCUUUCUUAAUUAGUUUUGUUUAUUUCUUUUCAUUUAGUCUAUCUUGGGAUAUUUUAUCACUUUAGUUUCUGGUGGCAAACCUCACUCCAACAGAUCAAACUAUAUUCACAACUAGUGGAAGUCUUUAUUAAUUAGUUUUUUAUUUUUUUAUUUUUUUUUCUGGCAAGAAAUGGUGGAAGUCUGCUGUUUGGAAUAAAUAUCAGAGUAUUAACUGAAGCUAGCAACAUAUGUACGGGUCAUUCUACUGUCGAUAGGAAACUACGAUGUUGAAGAGUAUGUUAGAGCAAGUUUAGCCCCAAGUCUUAAGAUUUUAAUGUGACAUCAUUUUUGGUGGUUCCCAUUGAAAAUUAUGCCAUCAAAUUCUUGUUAAUGCUCAGUAAGACUUAUACAAAUUUAUCACUUUAGCCCUAAGACUUAAAUAUUUGACAUAUUAUAUGUAGAAAAGUGU